CGUGUUUAUAUCUUGUCGGGUAGGGACUCGGAUGAGGACGGAGGGUUCUUAGAUCACUGACUACGCUUGGAUCACGAAAGAGCUUGAGAUUUAUACUUUGCAGCUGGGCCUAGGUUGCGAUAAGUCUACAGGAAGGUCUUUAACGAUCUUGAGCCAACCGGGUUGUUGCAUCUAUCCACGCGCGGAGCAGACGCUAUCCGAUAAGCCCGCAAUGACGGAUCAAUUUGCAUUUGAGUAUCCGUGGCCACUGGAGGGGUAUGAGGGGUUGGAUCCGCUUCCUGUAGAGAAAACCGAAGAUGGAAAGUCCCUGAAAAAUCCUCAACAUGGGAUUCUAAGUAAAGCAUACGAUGAGUUCCCGGACCCCCUUUCCAAGGACCGCCGUGGGGGCUUCGAUAUCCAUAUCUAUCACUAUCAGAACAAUCCGGAUCAAGUUGCCUUUGCGAGAGCCCUAUGGGAGAGAAUAAGGCGCGAGUUUCCCGAGUUACGAAUUUAUGACUUCUUUGACCGACCAAUCGGGCCUCACCCGGUGGCCAUGUUCGAGGUCAAUCUUUUCACACCUCAACAGUUUGGUGCCUUUAUACCUUGGCUUGUGAUCAAUCGGGGCCCCUUGAGUGCUUUGAUCCAUCCGAAUACGGUACAUACCGAGGAAGAGCGGAAUCACACACAACGUGCUACCUGGUUGGGUGAUAGAAUUCCUCUCGAUUUACGGGUGUUCAAACUCAUGAAGGAAAAGCAGAAGAAACAGGAGCUUGAAGCUGAAAAGGCAGCGGCGGCGGCGGGGGAGAAGCUGUAGGCGUGGUACUCUAUGAUUGAUUCGUACUGGAACUUCGUGAUGGCGGAUCUUGGGUGUGGUGAUAUGGCUCUGAAUAACUUCGACGAAUCGGAGGGUACGCUGGAAAGGCUUGACUGUUUAUGAUAUCCAAUAACGUAUUAGCAUACAAUUAUCUUUGGACAUGAGAGGGAGAAGUGAAUU